AAAUCAGAUGUCGCUGCGAUCGAGUGGACGUCUGCGUCCAGUGUAAAAUUGGGUUGGGGAACGUUGGGGAACAUUUUUUGGACCUUUGGCAAUCUUUGGGAUUGCUUCGCAACAAUUUACGUUAUUUAUACGUCACAGACUUAAUUUAUAAUAAAAUUCUGCACCAAAUUAGUUUUGUUGAAACAUACUGCAGUGAAAUUCUGCUGAAUCAGUAUAACUAUGAGUUGUGCCCGCUGUUGUUUGGUUGGUGUCAGCCGUUUGGCUUUGUCGAAUCAUGUCGUAAAUCACGUACACAAAAUAGUUAGGGUGGUUGCUUCCCGUUCUAUAUGCACCACGGGAAUUGUGAACAAAGUCCCGACAGAACCUACACCUCCAAAUAAGGACGCUGGGGCGAGUGCUGGAGGAAGUACUGGGAGAGAUGGUAGCGGGGGUAAAAAAAAUACAUUGACUUGUCCAAAAUGCGGGGAUCCUUGUACACAUGUUGAAACAUUCGUAUCUUCAACGAGGUUUGUGAAAUGUGAAAAGUGUCAUCACUUUUUCGUAGUAUUGUCGGAAAUAGAUUCGAAGAAAAGUUUGAAGGAAGCACUAAGGCCAGAGGACUCAAAACAAGGUUUUUAUAGAAAACCACCACCUCCUCCGAAAAAGAUUUUCGAAUAUCUAAAUAAACACGUAGUGGGCCAAGAGUACGCGAAAAAAGUCCUCAGUGUGGCUGUUUACAAUCACUACAAGCGAAUUCACAAUAAUCUUCCUGUGCAAACCUCAGGGCAAACUAAUGCCAAUGCAGUUGGCAAUCAAGAUCUCAAUCAUCCUUUCACUCACAGAGGUCUUAAGCCACAUUUGCUCCACAUAUCCAACCUUGGAAAUCCUCUAGGCGUCGGUUUCCAGCACGUUUCACAGGGUAGCGAGCAGCCGCAAAAAGCAGGAUCCCCAUCGACCCUCGGCUCCGAUAUUCUGGACAGUAAGCAGCACCAACUAAAAUUGGAAAAGAGUAACAUUCUGUUGCUGGGACCAACUGGAUCUGGAAAAACUCUUCUAGCUCAAACAAUAGCCCAGUGCUUAGAUGUUCCGUUCGCAAUUUGUGACUGUACGACUCUUACUCAAGCCGGAUACGUUGGCGAGGAUAUAGAGAGUGUGAUAGCAAAACUUCUUCAGGAUGCAAAUUAUGUAGUAGAUAGAGCACAAAUGGGUAUAGUGUUCUUAGACGAGGUAGACAAAAUCGGUGCAGUACCAGGAAUUCAUCAACUGAGAGACGUCGGUGGUGAGGGUGUGCAACAGGGAAUGCUGAAAAUGUUGGAAGGCACGAUUGUGAAUGUACCUGAAAGAAACAGCUCGCGAAAACUUCGUGGAGAUACUUUACAAGUUGAUACAACGAACAUUCUUUUUGUGGCAUCUGGAGCUUAUAAUGGUCUCGACAGGCUAGUCUCGAGACGUAAAAACGAGAAGUAUCUCGGUUUUGGUGCUUCACCCGCGGCAGAAAGUCCGGGAAGAAGAGCCGCGAGUCUCGCUGAUGUGGCUAACAUGUCGCCUUCCACAGAAGAUGAUAAUAGGGAAAAAGACAUUCUUCUGAGACAAGUUGAAGCAAGAGAUCUCAUAGAUUUUGGUAUGAUUCCUGAAUUUGUAGGCAGAUUCCCUGUCCUCGUACCCUUCCACACGUUAAACAGAGAGAUGCUCGUCAGGAUUCUCACCGAGCCCAAGAAUGCUAUGGUUCCACAGUAUCAGAUGCUGUUUUCCAUGGACAAGGUCGAAUUAACAUUCACGGCAGAAGCACUGGAUGCGAUUGCAGCAAUGGCAAUGGAAAGGAAAACUGGAGCGCGAGGUCUUCGAGCCAUUAUGGAAUCGCUUUUGCUCGAGCCCAUGUUCGAUGUACCCGGAAGCGACGUGUUAACUGUUCACGUGACCGAGGGCUGUGUUCGGGGUGAUGAAAAACCCCAGUACAUAAGAAAAACCGAAACUUCGGAAGAGGAAUUACAACAAGCGCAGCGGGUAAAUAAUUAACAGAUAAUAAAAUCAGGGAUAGGUCCUGCAAAAUCGUUUUGACUGUGAAGAAAAACCUUGAGUGUUUCCUCACACAAAGUAUACGAAAUAUUUUUGCGGUUCUUAAAUCUCGAGCCGCGUCUCUUUAUGCCAUCUGUACUACUAAGUAAAAUUUCUGAAUCUGAUCAAGACAACAUGGAACUGUCGAAAGUAAAUUCCAGAUCGUUUAUAAUCGUUUGAAUGUACCGGAUGAAAUUAUCUUCCGCAGGUGCUUGAAUUUCGAACAGGUUCAUUCCAAAUUUAUACUCUUUCAUUUUUCUUAUUUUUUGCGCAACAGAGAGAUUCAAUUUCCAAAAUGAAGUUUGACAGCAUAUAUUAUCGACUCACGCAUUCAAUCCAUUAGACUUAAUCAACCAUUAAAAUUUUUUCUUUUUGAAAUUUCCAGUACUUAAUUCAAAUUCUUUCAUUGCAACAAUGUAAACUUAUGAACGAUUCCUCGAUGUGGAAGGUGGGAAAAGAGACGAAAUCGAAAUUCAUAGCACCUGAGCUUGGCGUCGUGAU